ACGAAAUUAAAAUAGGAAUAGGAAUUUUGGUCGGUGGGUAAAACCCUACCUUAGAAUCAAGCUUUGUUUGCAAAGGUGAGUGGUGGAGGGUUUGUUGAAACUCAGCUAUUGAAUCAGAAACGAUGAGCAGUGGAAGGAAUAUUGGGGUGGCCUUGGAUUUCUCCAAGGGAAGCAAGAGUGCUCUCAAAUGGGCUCUUGAGAAUCUUCUCCGCGACGGUGACACCCUCUAUAUCAUCCACAUCAAACCUUCUCAAGCCAGUGAAUCCCGAAAUCUUCUCUGGUCCACCACCGGUUCACCUCUCAUUCCCUUGUCAGAGUUUCGUGAGAAGGAUGUGAUGCACCAUUAUGAGGUCGAUACUGAUCCCGAGGUUUUGGACAUACUUGACACCGCUUCUAGGCAGAAACAGGUUACUGUGGUGGCAAAGCUAUACUGGGGUGAUGCAAGAGACAAAGUUUGUGAAGCCGUUGGUGAUUUGAAGCUUCACUCUUUGGUCAUGGGUAGCAGAGGCCUCGGCGCAAUACAGAGGGUAUUGCUGGGGAGUGUGACCAGUUAUGUUGUCACAAAUGCGAAUUGCCCUGUAACGAUUGUGAAAGAUAUCUGAUAUGCUACUGAAUUUGGUUGGCCUUUCAAUCGGUUGUUCCAUCUUCAUCAGUGACUAGAUUGUGUUUCCCUUCGUUCUAAUUUCUUAUACAUGUUUAGUUUCGGAUAAUGAACACACUUGAUGACUAAGGAUUCGCCAAGCAUAAUGUAUAGUUUUGGGAGUCUCUUAAGUGCUUGGUUAUAGCCAAAAGUGUGCAUCAUAAAUAAGCUCUGUGGUGGAUAUGUUUCAAACUUAUAGGGCAUGUGAUGUAUUGUGUGUUUGAGAUAUACUUUAAAAAGUUAAGUUGAGUUGAACUUAACUUAAACUUAAAAAGUUUAAUUAAAAAUAGAUUUAAGUUAA